AUGGGAAUUGGGGACACAAGUGUGAAAGUUGGUGUUCGUGUUCGACCAUUGUCAGACAGUGAAGUGAAUGACGGGAGUUCGACCUGUUUGUCAUAUCCAAAUGAAGAAAAUCAGCUAAUAAUUGGAAAUGACAGGCUUUUUGGCUUUGACUAUGUUUUCAAAGAAACAGAUUCUCAAGAGCAUGUUUACAAAAAGGCUGCACUUCCAAUGGUUGAAAAUAUUCUAAAAGGAUAUAAUGCUACUCUGUUUGCCUAUGGUCAAACUGGAAGUGGAAAACAUAUACAAUGGGUACAUGUAUCUCCGAAAGAUUUAUUUGAGAAAAUGCCAAAUUAUGAGUAUGAGUACACAGUGAAGGUUUCAUUCCUGGAGAUAUAUAAAGAGGAUAUACAUGAUCUGUUAGGCGAAGAUGUAUCUGCAUCCUUACAAAUACGUGAAGAGAAUCAACUUGUUAAGAUAACAGAGAUGGAUGGGGAGAAUACAGGAGGUACAUUAACAGUUAAAUUACAUUUAGUCGACCUAGCUGGCUCUGAACGAAUUAAGAAAACACAUGCUGAAGGUGACCGACUUAAAGAAGGUAUCGAUAUAAAUAGAGGAUUGCUUGCCCUUGGUAAUGUAAUAAGUGCUUUAUGCGAACGGGACGCAAAGAAACGAUCGCAUAUUCCAUAUCGCGAUCCACGUUUAACUCGCCUACUUCAAGAUUCGUUGGGCGGGAAUAGUACCACAUUAAUGCUUGCUUGUGUUAGUCCUGCAGAUAUAAAUAUGGAAGAGACAUUGAACACACUUCGAUAUGCAGAUCGAGCACGUUUAAUUAAAAAUAAACCAAUUUUAAAUCGUGCUGAUCCUAAAGAUGCUGAACUUGCUAAACUGCGUGUUUUGGUUGCUCAAUUACAAGCACGAUUAGCUAACGAAUUAGUUACAAAUCUCAUGAAUAAAAAUAAAAAGUUAGAGAAUAGUCCGUUUACUACGGAUGACGAAUUUAAAAAUGUUGAAGCUGAAUGCAGUUUACCUUUUACGGUAGUGACUGAUAUUAAUAUGAAAGACGUUCAAUCUCGUCUUCAAGCCGCUAAUGAAAACAUUGACCAAUUAAAAAUAGAAAAUGCUCAACUACGAGAUGCUAGUAAAAUUCAGCACGAUAAAUUAUUGACGAUAAGAUCAUUGAUUACAAAUAGUCCGUUUACUACGGAUGACGAAUUUAAAAAUGUUGAAGCUGAAUGCAGUUUACCUUUUACGGUAGUGACUGAUAUUAAUUCAAAAUCUAAUGCAGAUUCACAUACACAUCGAUGUAAAUGCCGAGGGACAUGUCAAGCACGGUGUAGUUGUAGACGUUCUGGUCGUCCGUGUGUCCCAUUGCGUUGUUACUGCAUUUCUGGUGUAUGCAAAAACCGUUUAGAUUCAUCAUCACAAGACAGUCAAAUAGUUAUGGGACCACCAUCUGGAUUACCCGUUAUAUUACGUCCAAAACGUAAAACUCGUGCAUUACAAUUAAAUAAAAUCUCCAACUGACAAUUCACAACUAUAUGACGGUGGGUCACUUCGUUAUUUAUGGCCUAAAAAUCGUUUAUCUUAUUUUCCCAGUCCACUAUUGCGUUCAGACAGAUAAACGUUUUCUACCGGCCAAAAAUCUCCCAGAAAUGUACUUCACCAUCCUGUCUACAUUGGUUUCCUUUCUUAGUUUAGAACACUUGUACGUGGUUUCUGUGUGUGGACGCUAUUAUUUUAUCUCUUUCCCCUUCUUCUAUGCAGUUUAUAUAUAUAUUUGUUGCUUACGAUAGAACCAGUAGGAUAACAUUAAUUUGUGUGUUGUGUUUUGCUUCUUUAUUUUUCACAAUCGUAGUCCAUUUCAUUUUAGCUUCGAUAUCGUUUCCUAUUUUUCUCCGGAACAUAUUUACUCGACAUCACCUAGCCAAAACGGGGAGUCGACAAGCUACGUCCUCCGUUUAUCUGGUGACUAGAUGGCUAGUUCUCGUGGACUGAGGGGUGUGUUGACCUGACACUGAGUACGAGGGCACAUCAAGCACUAUUAGAAAGGAUCCCCGUUGACAGUCGCCUGUGUGCUGUUCGCCUAAACUUCCCCGUAAGAACUUGCAAAUAUAGAGAAAUACGCUGUUGUCUUUUUGUCAUUUCUGCCUGCAUUCCAACUGACUGCAGCCUGGUUGAAUUAAAAGAUGACUUUUACAGAAAGCUUUCUGAACUUCUUUGAAAAGCUGAACACUUAGAUAUAGUACUCGUAGCAAGUGACUUUUAUGCCCAGGUAUGUUGCUUCAACCAAUCGGAAAGACAUUUAGGUGAGUAUUUUGGUAUUCCGGCUCAGAGAACCGAUGGUGGUGACCGUCUGUUGCAACUACGCUUAGACAGUCGUUUACUUCUAACAAGCACUAAUUCAAGCAUAAGGAGGGACAUCCUCUAGCAUGGAGUCCCCCUACAUUAAACCAACUAUAAACUCGAAUAGAUCAUAUUUCGAUUAGUCAUCGUUGGAGAAACUCGAUAGAAGAUUGCCGCUCGUUAUGAACUCUGAUUGUGCAGUAUUAGGAGCUAUUCAGACUAAUAAAAGAAACCGGACAAUCGCUGGAAAAGACGACACGCUUGUCUGCCGUCAGUCCAGAAGUUUAGGAAGAUCAGCGGAACACUAAAGAACAAUUCAACUGACCUUCACCUACCCACGAUUCUCAAACAGCCCGAAAGGAAUAUUGAAACAGGCCCAUGAGACUGACGAAAGUUUAAAAAGCUUUGGCUAAUCUGAAACAAGUAGGAGCAGAUGGAUUAAUUCCUAUGGGCUUUAAGAGUGCUGGUUCAGUUUUAGAGAUUAGGUUGACUAAUAAUAGCUAGAAUCUAGGAACUGGACGUAAUCCCAUCUGAAUGGUCCCAAUAUAUAAGAAGGGGUCAAGAUCAUAUUGUGAUAGCCACAAAGGGAUUGGUUUGACUAAAAUAGCAUCUAAAAUACUAGCCUCAGUAAUUAUCGGGCGCCUAACCUAGUACACAAGUAUGCUUGUCGGCGUCCGAUAAUGGUCGUCUUUGUUGACUUGGUAGCAACAUUUGACUCUGUAAACCGAGAGUUACUUUGACAAUGUCCGUCAUUGAAAGGUGUAUCUCCGAAGUACAUAAACCUUGUGAAGGCUCUUUACUCAAACACUAUCAGUCGAGUGAGAGCUUAUAGCGAACUGUCAUCUGAAUUUGCGACCUCAAAUGGUAUCCUUCAAGGCUGUCCACAGUCUCCAUUUUUGUUGAACUUAAUCACAGACCUACUGCUGGGAAUGACGUUCUCGUCGACUGAAUUCUCCUGCAUUGAUCUGUUUCCAGAAGUUAUACUCAUCGACUUAGAAAACUCAGAUAAUAUAGUUCUGUUUGGUGAAGACGCUGAUAAAGUGCGGAGUCUUUUGGUAGCAUUGAGCAACAAU